GGUCGCGGCGUCUUUUCCCCGCUGGCGACGAGAGCAAAGGACUGCUAGUAAUUUUUACCGUGGGGUCCGUACAUUCCAUAAAUGCCGAAGCAUCCGCAAAGGAAUUCGACACGCACGGCACGCAUGACCGCUACAUGACACGUUCAUCCGAUGCCAUAAAGAAAUUAUUUCCUCACUGUGCCUGCGGUGAUCCCGUGUAUCGUAAGGGUACAACAUUCCCCGUGAAAAUGAAGAACCUUUGCAACGAAUGGCGCCUCAUAAUUGCUGUGUUCGUUAUCCGUGGAGGAGUGCUGGUUUUCGCCGAAGAUUGCAACGUGACGCAAGUUCUUGAGUGCUAUGGCGACAUCUCCGACAACGUUUCUGAUGUGCCUGACCAACGCACACUGAACAAGAGCCGCCUCGAAAACCUCUGCAAGGAAAGUGACGCUGCGGAACGCUGCGAAGAGGACCUAGCUAGUUGCAUCGACUCUGAUCCAUCUCUAAAAGCCAUACAGACGCAAUAUACUACAAUCCGUCGAGACGCCUGCGGGAACAGUACCUUCAAUAUGUCCAAAAAGGAAGACGACCCAAUCAACGACGACAGUGAUGAAAAGAAAUGCUGGUACAGACAGUUAAAGCGAUGCCUCGAGAGGCAGAUUAACAAAAUACGGACCAGAAUGACGAAGAAUGUCGCAAGGGCGAUUGAUCCCCAUCCUGGCUUCUACAUAUGGGUAUGCAGGAUGAAGCGAGAAGGAUGCCAUCAAAAGAGCACAUUGCACUCCUGCCCACCGCUCCAACAGGACGCCAUAAGAAGGAUGGAGGAAUCGAUGAACAACGCGCAACGGCUGCUAUGCGAAGACGACCAGGCUCUGCUUAAAAACUUGCUAUUGAGUUACAAGUUCUGGGACAUAAACCGCUUCGUGAGGUGCUCGAAAAAAGACCAUUUGAUGUUCAUCACGGACUACCUUUUCGCGACAACGUGGCUCAAAAGGGAGUGCAGAGAAGUAAAAUCUAGAAUGCUUCGCUGCCUAAAAGAGAGUUACCCUUCUAUCGACCACGCUCACCCUAAGCCAGACGUGGAUGGAGCCACCAAAGUGUUGGCGGCCUUCUUAGACCGAAUGCACUGCGUAGAUGCUCUAAACCGAUCAGACACCAACUCCAAUGACAGAGACCAACACCCGCUACACGACAGCAACGACUACAUGGCAGGCCAGCCGGUCGCUACUGGAACCAAAGACAGCGGCUUUCCGAACCUUAAGGCGUCUGAAGAAUUGCAAGCAGGUGCUACAUCCCUGGAAAUAGCGUCUGCUCUCGUUGCUUUCGUCUCCGUCUGCUUUCUUUCUAGACAGUUCCUAGUGCAGUAGCGGUGCUGUACGGAGAAUAAGCUAGGAGCGUUUCUAAACUUGCAAAUUUUGCCCUUCCUUUCUACAACAUUGCUAACAAAAAUUGGUAUUGUCCAAAAAAUAUCAGGAGGCAAUGGCGGCCUGAAAAAUCCGCCUCCAUUCCACCCCGUGAAAGUGAAUGUACAGCGAACCUGCUGUGGACGUUAGCCAAAUACCACAACCCUAACUGACGUUAAAUGAUGUUACUCAAGUUACACCACAAACGACAUACGUCACGUGCCAAUGCACGUGUGCGGAAGUGCAGCAUAAAUUAUUCUAGCCAUCCCUGCAAGCGCAAGUGCCUUAUUUUACGAAAUUGCUGUUCAAAAGUUCGUAAAGUACUUCGUAACUUACUUCGUACCGAAACUCCGUAAGGUACGACUUGCACAUAACCUACAGACAUGAUAGCAUCGGGUUUUAAUUCGAAUAGACGAGAAAACAUAAUUCUGUUACGCGGAAAAUUAACCACGAAGCCUUUUUUCCUGCUUGCGUUCUUUGGGUGAGCACAUCACAAAUAAUCCCGACCAACUAGGUAAGUUACAUAGAAGUAUUUCACAGCUUCGCUGUGAAAUACUUAGCUGUAUGUUUAUACGAGAUACUUUCACAUAUGAAAACAAGAAACAGAUAUGUGCAAAUUUUUUAAAGUGUUUCUUUUCGUGGUGAUUGCGACGACAUCGCCGACCUACCAAGACCUCACUGUUGCAACGCCUUGGAAUCCUAAUAAGGGGUUGCGCAUUUCUUGCGCAUAAUACUGCUUCUAUGUGAGCAUCUAAUCACAGCUGUACCAAAAUUUUAUGAAAAGAACAAUGGAGCCAUAAAAAGAGAAGAGGGUGAACCAUUUUUCUUUUUCAUUUUCACAUUUCGAUUACCACAUUUAAUUUCUUUUACGCUUAAGCUGGCCUCACUGCGCAUAUUUUUCUUGUGGUUAUGAAUAAAAAGAAAUGUUGAGUCCUUUGGAUCCCAA